AUGCCUCUCAUCGAUCACAAUCGCAGGAUACAGGCGCAGUUUGAUCUCCUUUCUGCACAAGGAAAAGUAACUCAGGCGAAGUUAGAGCGAAUAGAAAAAUUAAUAAGUGCAAUGGUGAUGCCAUCGAAUGGGACUCAGGGAGGCCCAACAACGAUCCCACCGAUCCCACUGAUCCUGAUCCCAGUGGGUGCUGGGGAAAUCCCGCCUGGUUUCGAGCUGAUUGGAUCCAGAUAUUUAUAUUUUGAACAUGAUCUGAAAAGAAGUAGGGAUGACGCUGGUGACAUCUGCAUUCGAAUGGGAGGGCGCCUGGCGGACCUCAAGGACGAAAAUGAGAGCGUGGGCAUUGGUCGCAAGCUCCACCGUCAUCGUUACUGGCUGGGCAUUAAUGAUCGGGAAAACGAGGGGCAGUUCUUAACUGCAUCUGGUCGCAGUGCACCAUACUUGCCGUGGGGUCCAGGAGCACCCCACCCCGAUAACCGCAAUAGAGAGUAUGAUGCGGAUAAUAGCUGCGAUGGAAUGGGAGGGCGCCUGGCGAAGCUUAAGAACUCAAAUGAAGAAAAGGCCGUGGGUCGCAAACUCGACUAUCAUAGUUACUGGCUGGGGUUUGUGUUUCAGCUUCUGGUUGCGCUCCUCGCAGCUGAUAAACAAAAAGCGAGUGCCGGAGGAGGCGAGGAGAAGCGGUGA